UAUUCCAAAACCGAAAAAUUGAACCGGGCGGCGUAAAAGUCUCUCGCCGCAGUUAAACUCUUCCGUACGCCAAAUAUCAUCUCACAAGUGGAAGAAGCAAUAGCAAUGGCGGCGGAUUUGCCGGAGGCCACGCUGCAGAACAUUCUGGACCAAGAGUCUCUUAAAUGGGUUUUCGUCGGAGGGAAAGGAGGUGUGGGGAAGACGACAUGCAGUUCAAUUCUCGCAAUUUGUCUCGCCAGUGUUCGAUCCUCCGUUCUCAUCAUCUCCACCGAUCCUGCUCACAAUCUUAGUGAUGCCUUUCAGCAACGCUUCACUAAAUCCCCCACUUUGGUUCAAGGUUUCUCUAAUCUCUUUGCCAUGGAGGUGGAUCCUACCGUUGAAACUGAUGACCUGGCUGGUGCAGACGGGAUGGAUGGUUUAUUCUCUGAUUUGGCUAAUGCGAUUCCUGGAAUCGAUGAGGCCAUGAGUUUUGCUGAGAUGUUGAAGUUGGUGCAAACAAUGGAUUAUGCUACUAUUGUGUUUGACACAGCUCCAACUGGACAUACCCUCCGCCUGUUACAGUUUCCAGCCACACUAGAAAAGGGACUUUCCAAGUUGAUGUCAUUGAAGAGUAGAUUUGGUGGCUUGAUGACUCAGAUGAGCCGUAUGUUUGGCAUUGAGGAUGAGUUUGGAGAGGAUGCUCUGUUGGGAAGACUUGAGGGAUUGAAAGAUGUGAUUGAGCAAGUAAAUCGGCAAUUCAAAGACCCGGAUAUGACUACGUUCGUCUGUGUCUGCAUCCCCGAGUUCUUGUCUCUCUAUGAAACAGAGAGACUUGUUCAGGAACUUGCCAAGUUUGAGAUCGACACGCAUAACAUUAUCAUCAACCAAGUACUGUACGAUGACGAAGAUGUGGAAUCCAAGUUGCUCAGAGCAAGGAUGCGGAUGCAACAGAAGUAUCUUGAUCAGUUUUAUAUGCUAUACGAUGACUUCAAUAUCACAAAACUUCCUCUGCUUCCGGAAGAGGUGACAGGGGUUGAAGCCUUAAAGGCGUUUUCACAUAAGUUCUUGACGCCGUACCAUCCUACCACUAGCAGAAGCAAUGUAGAGGAGCUGGAGCGGAAAGUACACACAUUGCGUUUGCAGUUGAAAACAGCUGAAGAAGAACUCGAACGGGUCAAGAGUGGGUAAAAAGAUAAGGCUAUGUUCUUCCCUUUAAUGGUGGAAAAUUAAAACUGAAUAUUUUUCUCUCUAGUUCCUCAUCUAGCAACAACUCUUUAUAGGACAGGAAAGAUGAUCAAGCAGAAUCAUCUUUUGCGUUGUUUUAUUGUUAUGCAUUGGAUUUGUUUUUCAUUUGUAAUAAUCAAGACUACAUAUAGAAUCUAUCUACCAAGAAAUCGUCGACUAAAUCAGCUUUUAAUAUCAA